CGGCAUCUGCUUCGUUUGCUGUUUGUUGCAAUGAACGACUUAAAUCUGCGCGUGGCGGCAAUAAAGUUGUCGGCGCAUCCAAAGCGUUUCACUGAGAUGCGCGAUUCAAUUGUGAAAUUGCCACUGAAAUGGCAAAAUGCACAUGCUGGCUACGUGAAGCAGUUUGGGGCAGCCACAAAUUCGGCCGAGCAACUGGUAAUUGUGAGAGACAUUUUCAAUCAGACUGAAUCCAUCAACUUUCUGGCCGACUUGCUCUUCGCAUGCCCCCUGAGGCAUCCUCUGCGCAAUCUACUCACCAGAUUCUUUUCGGGCAAUGAAUCCAUCAAAGGUGAACAGCAAACGCACUCAAAGGAGUUUCUAAUUACGGCUCUGCGUGCUGCGCUACGUGAUUUGGAAUCGAUUGUCAUUGGUAAUACGUCCAGUGACUUCCUUAACGAAGUGAUCGUCACCAUUUCCGGCUGCCUCCAAAAUUUUCCCUAUGGUCGCGAUGCACUUGCUCAUGAGAUACACUGUUUUAUACCUCUGCUGCCUAGGCUAUUAGGCUUAUAUUGGUCGACUAUUAGCGACGAGCAACUGGCGGAUUUAUCGCCAACGCGACGCAAUGAUUAUUAUAUGUAUAUAAAGAUUCUGUUGCGCUUCCAUGUCAAUUGUAUGUCCGAGUACAAGCUUGAGCUGGGUGCGCAGCAUUUCCAGCAUUUGUGGUCCAUUGAUGAACUGGCUGUGGCUGUGGCCCGACACGGGGAUACACCCUGGGAUGUGCGCUCCAUAGCUGGCUUGUCCAUCGGUCACAAUGCGCGCUUUUCGAAAGAUUUUGCUGAAUAUCUGGUCAAAUGUCAGCAGAUGGACGAGUUUGAUGAGUUGCCCAUUAAGGCAGCAUCGCUGUUGGUGCUCAAAAAGAGUGAUUAUAACAUCCACGGAAAACAGGCGUUGGAUAUAUUGAAACAAAUUCUGGGUCGAGCCAACGACAAUCGCAAUAUAUCCAACUUGCUGGUGUAUAUGUCCAAGCAUUUGCACACAUAUUCCAAAUCGCUGGCCUCUGUACAUCUUGAGGAUGAGCCACUGAUUCUCUACAACCAAAUACUGAUCGAACUGAUGCGCUUCUCCAUUGAGCACAUCUCAAGCUGUAUUGACACAAUUCGCCAUAUGUGCGCCAAUAUUUUGCGGCAGGUGCUGCAGCAUGCCAAGGCCAUCGGAGAGAAUGCGGUCAUCAAUGAGUUAUGUGAACACUACCAUCGGUCUUGCAUGUCCAUUCCCGCGCUCUGCCUCAUGCUGCAACAGAUGGUCGAGGUAUAUGGCACAGAAAUGGUUCUCCAGAAUUGCCCCAGCAUACACGAUAAAUUGUUCUUUGAGCAUCUGGGUCGGGAGGAUAGUGUAAAUGCCUUGUUCAAGUGCAUGAUGACCAUUGCGCACAAGGAAAAUGCCUUCCAGGACUGGCACAGCGUAUGGUGCAUGCAUCUAGUGAGUGCUGCCAACUUGUUCAGCGGUGUUUCGAAGGGCAUUGAAGAUGUGAUAAGUGCGGCCGUUAAACUGGACAAACAGGUGCUGAGCGUGCUGCUCGAGCAGCCAAAGGUGCCGUUUAAUUUCAAAUUGAUGGCCAUGUUGGUGGCACGACGCAUUGGCCAGGAGCGUGUGGUAAAUGAGGCGUUGGCAAAUAACUGUGAGGAAAUCCGUCUGGCCGCCAUGAACGAGAAUGAUGAUUGGCGAAUUCUCGCGCUCACCUUUGUGGUGGACACACCGCGUCUUAGCGAGCCGUUCACACAAUUUGAUAUUGAUCUAAUCUCCGCGUUUUUAAAGCACAAUGCCAACAAUCCAAAAGCCCAUUUUCGACAGCGUGCCUACGGCCAAUUGAAAAAGAUGUGCCGGCGAUUGGAACUCAAUCUCGCCCAGCAGAUGAAAGCGCCGAAUAUCCUAAAAGAGGAUCACAUAUUGAAUAGAUUUGUGAGCACAUUGUUUGAGAUGCUGUCGCUCAAUUUGUUUCCCAGUGCCAAUUAUGGACGUAUCUGGCUAUCGUUGCGCCUGCUGGGCGAUCUCAUUGAUAUGAUGGAACGUCUGGGUGUGUACUGGCAGCACAGAGUACAUCCGCAGGUGUAUGUCUACCUGGAUCGUUGUCUAUACGACAGCUACGAGCACAAUAAGGAACGAGCUGUUCAGCUUUUGGGUAAAUUGCAGAGAUGCACAACCCAAAAGCCGAGGGAAAUUUUGCAACGUUUGCUAUCGGCUCGACCGCCGGACUCUGCGACGGGUGCGUAUCAGCUGCUGGUUUAUUGUCAGGCGGCGGGAGUGGAGACCCCGCUGACACUCAAGCAGCCAGCCACCGAGUUGCCCAAGAACAGUCCACGUUACUUUAUGGCUUUACUUGAGUGCCUGGCACUUCUGCAAACUGGCAUCAAUGGUGCACUUACAGAUUUAAUACAGGCAGCCAAAUCGAAUCCAUUGUAUGGCCUGCUCUUUGCCAGUCGCCUAUUACUGCAGCAGCUGAACCUAAAGCAACUGGCUGCGGAGCAACUAUGGCGGGAUUAUAUUAAUCAGUUGCUGCAGUGCUGUCUGGAUAUAAUUAAAAUUAUGUUGCCCGUGGUGGCCAGCGAAUCCCCCGAAGGACAUUUGCCUGUUGCGUCAACUGAAGCGGAAUCGAAUCAGGAAGCGAAGCCGGGUAAGGAACCGAAGCAUGAGCAGGUGGUGUUGUUAUGUGCGUGGCGCAGCAUCAAAGAGAUUUCCCUUAUACUGGGCGAGUUGUCGACGCGGGCUCCGCUGGAGCCGGAGAACAAGGAGCGCUAUCUGCUUAGUCGCCAGCAGCUGGCAGUCAUUGGCGAUCGCUUUGUGCAGAUGCUGGGCGAGAUCAAGCAUCGCGGUGCCUUUGAGCAGGCGUAUGUGGGCUUUGCAAUGUACUGUCAUCGUUUUUGGCAUAGCGAUGAGCCGGAACUGAACACACAGCCACCAAUUUGGCUAGCGGACGCCAUGAAAAUGAUCGACGGCAAUGGGGAUUAUGUGCCGUGUGCGACACGACGCAGUGCUGGCAUGCCGUACAUGGUGCAGGCCCUCAUCUGCACCGAACUCAAACUGGGCACCCACAAAAUGUUCAGCGAGAGCAUGACUCGGCUGCUCGAGGUGUGCGAACGACGUGCGCCCGGACCAGAGGCUGUCAUUGCCCGCAAUCAUGCGUUCAACAUAAUGCGUGCUCUAUUCCGCUGCAGCGAACUGGGCAAUCUGGUGGAUGAGUUUGUUGGACGGGGCAUUCAGUGUGCCUUGGACAGUCUCGUUGCUGUCGAUUAUGCCGAAUGCAAUUCUGCCAGCCUAAUGCUGUCCGCCUUAAUGGUGCGCAUCUUUGGCGUGGAGCGUGCACGCAGCGAUGAUGGUCGACUGCAUGUGCGCAAUCGGAUGACGGGACGCAUCUUCUUCACCUGCUAUCCCAAACUAUUUGAUUACCUCCACGAUGGACUGCAACAGGCCGCAGUACAUAUGGAGCAGUCAAAGGGUGGCCAAACAUUGCAACUGGAGGCCAUGUUACUAUUGCUCAGCCGUCUCUAUCCAUCUGCUCUGGAGGGCGCCGAAUCCAGUUUGAAUCUCGAUAAAUUUGUGCCUUUCCUGGACAAAAUCUGUUACGUUCACGACAAGAUGUCGCGGCGGCGCGCCUGCCACGUCCUGGCCAAUUUCUUAAGUCCCACCCAAGCAAAAGAACGUUUACGCAACCUUUGCAUGUCCCUCUGCGCUCUGAAAUAUAAUCUGGAGCAGAAUAAUUCAGCGUGGGAUACAAAUGCAUUGCACGGUCAAAUGUACCAAGUUUUGGAACUGUUUCGCAUCAUAGGCUGGAAGGACGCUGAUUUGAUUCGCAGCCUAGUUUUCCUGCUGGCCUCCAUCGCUGUGAAGAUAUAUAAUAUCAAUGUGGAUGACAUAUGUAUAUUUAGAUCGAUUCUUAACACGCUAGUUGCUAUUACACAGGAUACACAGCAGACUAAAUACUUGAAUACAGAGCUCUCCAUAGUUCUCGUCAAGAUCUAUCAGCUAGAUCACAAGGACAUUUACAAACGUUGUGUGGAUGCUGGCAUAUCGCCGAAAUUCUAUUUAGUGUUUGUGCUGCAUUUGCAGCGCCUAACGCUGGAACCGGAGAACCUAUUGCCGUCCAUGAACAGGCUGCUGGUGCAGUCGCCGGCACAGGAUGAGUUGCCCGCGGAGCUACAUAAGUUUACAAUCGAUCUGUGGCUUUAUGUGCUCAUGCACCACGAAAGUGAAGCGACAAAUGCGCGUAGCUUCUUUUCCAACAAAGAGUUGAAAUACUUCCAGUUCGAUCCAAAUUUGGCGAUCUAUUUCGAAGCCUUGACGCCCGUUCAACGUGAAAUGCUGUCGAUGCAGUUAAGUCACUCGGAUGUGGUGCGGAAACAUGUGAUGACACUGGUCAAACAGGUAGAGCGUGGCCCAAAAUGGAGUCCAGAAAUGCUCAGCAGCUUGUACACUCUAAUGGUCUUCCUUGACAAAUUGGAGCCGUCCGUCGUUGAGCUCUUGAUCGACAGCGACGUUGUUGAUGCAGAGCCGGGAAUGUCCAUUUGCAUGUUGCGACAAAUCCAACAGGAAAGCAAGUGGCAGGAAAUUCAGCCGCUGGGUUUGCAAUUACUGUGCUAUGCCGGGAACAUUAGUUUACCCACGCAGAGCAUCUAUUUGCGCUGGAAGGCGUCACAUCUGGUUGAUUCCCUCACCGUUCACGUGUUGCAGCUGCUGCAGUCGAACGAUGCACUGAUAAUUGGCAUUUAUAUACGAAUUGUGCUGCAGCUGCUGGUUGACGAAUCUGACAUGGUGCGGAGCACUAUAUCCCAAAUGGUAUCCAAGUGCGUUGCACACAUUUUAGCGGAUAAUGGGGGCGUUAAAGCGGUCAAUCUUUUGCCCAUGGCAGCUGAGGGGCUAUUUUUAUUGGCUGUGCUUCAGAACAUGCAGAUGUAUAGCGAAAGUUCUGAUUUCCUGAUAAGCGUUUUCAAAAUUAUUGUGGAGCCAUUCGUUGGUAACGAACUGCAGCUUGAUGAUGAGCCUGAGGACGACGGAGAUGUCUUCGACAAACACGAGGUAAAUCUCUACUGUGAGGGUUUGCGCGUUGUGUCGGAAGUUGCCAAAGCAUUCAAGGCAACAUUUCAAAAUAAUGAACAACUGAUUAGCGCCGUCAAUGCCCUAUUUGUGUAACAUAUAGUUAUUUUCUGACACGCUAAAAUUAAUUAGCUUAGCUCAAUUAAUUCUUAAGAAGAGACCCAUAGAGGCAUAUGCAUUUAUUUCCGUGUAGCUUAUCAAUUGUGUUGAUUUCAAUUUAAUAAUAUAAGUCAUGUUUUUACUCAAUAGAUACACACAUUACCAGAUUUGUUGCUUGAAGUGUGUGCAUGUAUAUACAGUGUCUCGCAGUUCAACUGGAACAGCG